AUGGCUGAAUCAUCUAAGCGCCAGCAAGCCGUGGAUCCGGAUGAGGAUCUCAAGCACGUUGAGUUUGAGACUUCUGAAGGAGUCGAGAUCAUUCCAACAUUCGAUGCAAUGGGGCUAAACAAAGAUCUUCUCCGAGGUAUCUACUCAUAUGGUUUCGAAAAGCCGUCCGCCAUCCAGCAAAGGGCCAUCAAGCAGAUUAUUAAGGGGAACGACCUUAUUGCUCAGUAUGUUUCCUGAUACCGUAUUUUUUAUUUCUUUAGAGCUCAGUCUGGUACUGGUAAGACAGCUACAUUCUCAAUUGGAGUUCUUCAAUCCAUCGAUGUUCAGACCAGAGAGACUCAAGCUCUCAUCUUGUCUCCAACACGUGAAUUGGCCACACAGAUCCAGAAGGUUAUUUUGGCUUUGGGAGAUUACAUGAAUGUGCAGUGUCACGCUUGUAUUGGUGGAACAAACGUUGGAGAGGAUAUGAGAAAGUUAGAUUAUGGACAACACAUUGUAACCGGAACUCCUGGUCGUGUCUUUGACAUGAUCAGACGAAGAAACUUGAGGACCAGAGGAAUUAAGAUGCUCGUUCUUGAUGAAGCCGAUGAAAUGUUGACCAAGGGUUUUAAAGAGCAACUUUAUGAUAUCUACAGAUACCUUCCUCCAGGAGCUCAAGUUGUUUUGUUGUCUGCCACAUUACCCCACGAAGUACUUGAGAUGACUAGCAAGUUUAUGAGCGAUCCAGUUCGUGUUCUGGUCAAGCGGUAAGUGGUUGAUAUAUGGGCUUUGUUUUUUUAUAUUUUGAUUCUGGCCUAUUUUACUAUUUCAGUGAUGAGUUGACUCUUGAUGGCAUCAAACAAUUCUUUGUUGCCGUUGACCGGGAGGAAUGGAAGUUCGACACUUUGUCUGAUUUGUAUGAUACCCUUACCAUCACCCAGGCCGUCGUUUUCUGCAAUACCAGAAGAAAGGUCGACUGGUUGGCCGAAAAGAUGAGAGAAGCCAACUUCACAGUCUCUUGUAUCCAUUCAGAUAUGGAACAGAAGGAAAGAGAAGAGGUAAUGAAGCAAUUCAGAGCCGGAGAAUCUCGAGUUCUCAUCUCUACUGAUGUCUGGGCCAGAGGUCUUGAUGUCCCUCAAGUCUCCCUCGUCGUCAACUAUGAUCUUCCUAACAACCGUGAGCUCUACAUCCACAGAAUUGGCCGUUCAGGACGUUACGGAAGGAAGGGUGUAGCCAUCAACUUUGUCAAGCAGGACGACAUCAGAAUUCUCCGAGAUAUUGAACAAUAUUAUUCGACCCAGAUUGAUGAAAUGCCCAUGCAAGUGUCCGAUUUGAUCUGA